UGAGCUCCCGCCGCUGCCGUCGACCCCUCCGCCUCCGCCUCCGUCUCUGGUCGUCGUCGCCGCCUCGAGAUCUGCCGCCGGUCGUCGCCGCCGCCUCUAGAUCGGCCUCCUGUCGCCGCCGCCGCCUCCAGAUCCGCCUCCGGUCGUCGUCGCCGCUCCACAAGGUAGAGUAUAAAAUUCAAUCUGGUUGUUGUUGUUAGCAUGAAGUGGAAAUUGGAUUUUGCCUAGUCCAAUCAGAACCAGGAGAAGGGUGCUUGAUGGAAGAAGCAGAACAAGAAGAAGAAAAUGCUCUUUUAUGGGCGAGGAAGAAAAGCAACCUCCUGUACUUCUGCUUUUCUUGCCAUCACUAGAAAAAAAAUUACCAUUUCUGCCUCCACUACCACUGGUACUACUGCAGUUGAACUUGGGAACCUGUUACUGAUUGCUGCUGUUGUCAGAGCUCUUUACAAAAAUGGAGGAAGUCGAAACCUAGAUGACUCCAUUCCUAUCUCUGAGUCUCUUGUCCUACAAGUCCUUAGAAGGAGUUCUCUUGAUGUGUCAAAGAAAGUAGAUUUCUUUCGCUGGUGUUCUCUCAGGACCAACUACAAACACUCUGCGAAAGCUUACAACCAAAUCUUUCAUGCAAUUUGCCAUUGCUACCAUGGCCACCAUUAUCACGAGAUCAUUGAUUUGUUGAGAUCCAUGAAGAGAGAUGGUGUUGUCAUUGAUUCUGGGACCUUUAAGGUGCUUCUUGACACAUUCAUCCGAAUGGAAAAAUUUGAUUCUGCACUUGACAUAUUGGACCUUGUGGAGGAAGAACUAGGGAGAACCACUGAUUCCUUGAAUUUUGACUUGUAUAACUCUGUGGUGGUCGCGCUUGUUCGCAAAGGGCAAAUUGGCUUGGCAUUAUCCAUAUUCUAUAAGCUCUUAGAAGCAUCCAAUGGUAGCAAAAGUGGUGGGAAUGACGAUGGAUAUUGUGAAAUUCCAGAUGUCAUUGUCUGCAAUGAGUUGUUUGUAGCUCUUAGAAAAGCAGACAUGAAGGCUGACUUUAGAAGAGUUUUUACCAAAUUGAGAGGGAAAAAACAUUUUGGGCUGGAUUUAUGGGGCUACAAUAUAUGUAUUCAUGCAUUUGGGAGUUGGGGUGAUUUGAGAAUGGCCCUAGGCCUCUUCAAAGAGAUGAAGCAAAGGAAUCAGCAAUGUGAUGGUUCAUUUGGUCCAGACUUGUGCACAUACAAUAGCCUUAUUCAUGUGCUCUGCUUAGCUGGGAAGGUGAAGGAUGCACUCAUUGUCUGGGAGGAACUGCAGGGUUCUGGUCAUGAACCUGAUGCCUUCACCUACCGCAUCAUUUUGCAGGGUUGUGCGAAAUCAUACCAUAUAGAUGAUGCAAUUAAGAUAUUUAAUGAGAUGCAGUACAAUGGGUUUUCUCCAGAUACUAUUGUAUAUAAUUCACUCUUGGAUGGGUUGCUCAAGGCAAGGAGGCUUACAGAAGCAUGUGAUUUGUUCGAGAAAAUGAUACAAAAUGGGGUAAGGGCAUCCUGUUGGACAUACAAUAUACUGAUUGAUGGAUUGUUCAAAAAUGGAAGGGCCUUAGCUGGAUAUAUGUUGUUUUGUGAUUUGAAGAAGAAAGGGCACCUUGUAGAUGGGGUUACUUACAGCAUUGUCAUUUUGUACCUUUGUAGAGAGGGUCAGCUGGAGGAAGCUUUGCAGUUAGUGGAAGAAAUGGAAGCCAGGGGCUUCGUUGUUGAUCUAGUCACUAUUACAGCACUCUUAAUUGGACUUUAUAGGCAGGAUCAGUGGGAUUUGACAGAGAGGCUAAUGAAACACAUUAGGGAUGGCAAUCUGAUUUUGACUGUUCUCAAAUGGAAAGCCAAUAUGGAGGCUUACAUGAAAAGCCCACAGAGUAGAAACAAGGAUUUCACAACUAUGUUCCCAUCUAAAGGUGACUUCAGUGACAUCAUAAAUCAUAUAUGUCCAAAGGACAUAGGGAUCGAUUCUGGCCCUGGUUCAGGGGUUUCUAGGCAACAAGAUGAAGAAUUUGCUUCAUGGGACACUGAUCCGUGGUCUCCAUCCCCACAUAUGGAUUUCUUAGCCAAUCAAGAGAAUUCCAGUGGCCACUUUCCAAUAUUCUCUCUGUCUAGGGGACGACGAGUUCAGGUGAAAAGUGUUGGCUCUUUUGAUAUCAAUAUGGUGAACACCUACUUGUCAAUCUUUUUGGCCAAGGGAAAGCUAAGCUUAGCCUGCAAACUGUUUGAGAUUUUCACUGAUAUGGGUGUUUACCCUAUGAGUUAUACUUACAAUUCCAUGAUGAGUUCAUUUGUGAAGAAGGGCUACUUUGAUGAGGCUUGGGGUAUGCUUCUUGAAAUGGGUGAGAAUGUAUGCCCAGCAGACAUAGCGACAUACAAUGUCAUUAUCCAAGGCCUAGGGAAGAUGGGAAAAGCAGAUCUAGCUAGUGCUGUUCUGGUUACACUAAUGAAAAACGGUGGUUAUCUUGACAUUAUAAUGUAUAAUACCUUGAUUAAUGCUUUAGGAAAGGCUGGUCAGAUUGAUGAAGCAUACAAGCUUUUUGAUCAGAUGAAGACUAGUGGAAUAAAUCCUGAUGUUGUAACUUAUAAUACACUUAUUGAAGUUCAUAGUAGGGCAGGUCGCUUAAAAGAUGCUUACAAGUUCUUAAAGAUGAUGUUGGAUGCUGGCUGCCCUCCAAACCAUGUCACUGACACAACUCUGGACCUCUUAGAGAAGGAAAUUCAGAAAUUGAGAUCCCAAAAGGCAUCAACAAGGAAAAGCAAUAAGGAUGAUAUUUUUGAAGAAUAACUCUGGGAAAGGUUGUAGGAAUUGCACCUGGAGGGGAGAAAAAUGAGUUUGUUUAUUGGAUGUAUGUCUACAAGUGUAGGUAUCAUGUGGACAAUUAUUUAUUCCAGAAACUGAGAUCAGCUACAGGUUCAAGCAUUUCAGAAGCAUAGCAGCAGAUAUAUCUUGAUUAUUGCUCCAAAUCUUUCCAGUGAUGCAUUUGUUCAUGCACGUGCAAGAAAAGGGUUUUUCUUGCUAUUGGAGUCCAUUGAAGAUUUGGAUUUUCGAACUGUUCUUCAAACAGCAUGAACAUCUGAUAUCUGAUUUAAAUAAUUUAUCACUUAUUGAGGAAAAGGAGUUAGCAAUUGAUAUGACUGGCAAGGAUACCCAACUGGGCAUCCAGGGGUGCGAGGUGAGGGUCAUCACUGGGCGGGACAAAUCUUACCCAGAUUCAGAAAUUCAUCACUGAUCGGUCUGUCAAUCUUUUUGGUUUGAAAAAAACCAUGUCUGUGAUGUGGGGGAAUCCACAUAAGCUUCUGCUGUGCUUUUGGGGAAACCUUUUUUCCAGUUUGUCUUUGAUAAUGAGUGAGUUGUAGCAUGUGCACUAUUUGGUAGCUCCUAGCUUUUUGAAAAUGCACUUUUCAUACUGUAUAAGUGGAAAAAGGGGAUUGGUCUGCAAGAUCCUAGCUUCAGUUAUUCCCAUUUUGCAUUCAAAUUGGAAAUUUGCCAUUGGAAUUUGUCACUUAUGUGGUUGG